UUAUACAAGUCGUGCAUAGCUUCAUACAUAUAGGGCUGAUCCCCAAUACACGCUAUUGAAUAACGUAUAUAGUAUCAGCAACAAAACUACUCCAAUAACACUGUGUUUAGUUAGAAGACGAUGACAGCUUCGCGAAUGACUGAGCGCCGGCGGAGUAUGGGAUCCUUGGUGUCUUAGGAAGCGACUGAAGUGGGCUUUUACCGUAUUUUGCACGCAAAAACGAUGGCAAAUUCGACGGGGAAAAAUCUACCAGAUCAGCGGAGGAAAGGACAGGCUUUCCUGGACGAGCUGCGGCAAUUUCACCAAAGCCGAGGAUCGCCGUUCAGGAAGAUUCCUAUCGUGGGUGGUAAAGAGCUGGAUCUGAGCGCUCUCUAUUACAGAGUCGUCUCUUUAGGUGGAUUUGCGAAGGUGUCUGACAAAAAUUUGUGGACCGAACUUGGAGAAGAGUUUAACUUCCCACGGAGUUGUUCGAACGCAGCAUUUGCUUUAAAACAGUACUACCUUCGAUACUUGGAGAAGUACGAAAAAGUCCACCACUUUGGCGAGGAUGAUGAUGAAGCUCAGCAGGGGAACCCCAAAGCCUCUCUUCCAAUCGGUGCAAUCCCCAGCUCCUACAACUACCAGCAACAUGUCGUGUCAGACUAUCUCCGCCAAAGCUAUGGAUUGUCUACGGACCUUGUUCCGCCAUGUGACUACAACAAACUGGUGCUGUCUCUACUCUCGGGCCUACCCAAUGAAGUGGACUUCGCCGUCAAUGUUUGCACACUGCUCUCCAACGAGAGCAAGCAUGCCAUGCAGCUGGACAAGGACCCCAAACUGGUCACACUGCUGCUGGCCCAUGCUGGCGUCUUUGACGAUUCACUCGGCAGCUUCUCUGUGGUAUUUGGGAUGGACUGGAAGGAGAAAACAACCCGGGACUUUGUUGGGUUCUGGAGGGAAGUUGUGACAGACUCGGAAGUCAGGGAGCUGAUAUGGGACAAAACCGGACCAGCACAAGAUGGUACACUGAGUGCAGAGCGAUGGUCGAGCCUCUUCCAUCCACCCCGGAAUCUGGGGAUAAGCGACAUGGAAGCUCAGCGCGUACUGCAGAUUGCCGUCAUCUUGCGAAACCUCUCUUUCGAAGAGGCUAACGUCAAGUUGCUGGCGGCCAACCGAACGUGCCUGCGCUUCCUUCUGCUCUGUGCCCACUGUAACCUCAUCUCACUCAGACAGCUUGGACUCGACACGUUGGGCAACGUGGCAGCUGAGCUUCAGCUGGACCCUGUUGACUUUCGAACAACCCAUCUGAUUUUUCACACCAUCACCAAAUGCUUAAUCUCCAGGGACCGGUUUCUUAAAAUGAGAGCCAUGGAGAUCCUAGGCAACCUCAGCAAAGUGGAGGACAACAGCGUGCUCAUCUGCGAGUAUGUGGACCAAGAGUCAUAUCGGGAGGUGAUCCUGCUCCUCACCCUCCCAGACCUCAUGCUCCUCAUGGCCUCCUUGGAAGUUCUGUACCUAUUGGCUCAGUUGGGAGAGAUUCCUUGCAGCAAGAUCGCCUCUGUGGACCGGAGCAUAGACCUACUUGUGCGGUUAGUAUCGGUGGAUCUUCACACUUUUGGGCCAGAUGCUCUAACGGCAGUGCGGUUAAUUGAGCACCAGGCCAACGCAGAGCAGGCAGCCGAGGUUCGGCCACAGCUGGUGGAGCAGGUCCCUGCUGCUGUGCCUGGAGCGGCCGCACCUGCUACAGUAACAAGAGUUCAGGCUCCGUCCACACAACCACAACCGCCACCAGGAAUAGUCGAACUAGACGGAGAGAAAUUUACACUGCAAUGGCUUAAUGCACACUUCGAGACAAACCAAGAGGGCACAGUGUCUCGAUCGGAAAUGUACACAGAGUACCUGACCACCUGCAGCAAAAUGGGUCGAAGUAAUAUUUUGAACUCCACCGGCUUCCUCAAAUGUCUACGGACUGUGUUUCCCAAUCAUACAAUGCGACGGCAUGAUGAUCCCAAGGCAAACGGCCAGCUUCAGAUCCUCUUAGUCGGGCUACGCCGGAGGUCGAUACCCUUGCCCAUCCAGCUGUACUAUCAGCAGCAACAGAAUGCAGGUGCAGCGACAUCAUCAGCCGUUCGGCCUGAAGCACCGGGAGAUCCCCAAGCUCCUCCCCCCGCAGGCUUGCCUCCUGGACUGGGACCACAGCUGAAUCGAGCAGCAGCAGCGAUCCCUGCUGGUACUUCUCCUUCUAUGGCCUUCGCUGCACAGGAAAGUCCCAACAAUGCGAGCCCGUCGACUGUUCCCCACCACCCUGCUCCCACGCAUGUGCCUCCACAGUUGCCACCAAAUCCUCAGGCGCCAGUGCAGCAACAAGUGCGACCAGGUCCCGUGGUUCAGGUCCCAUCGCCUGCAGCACCUGCCACCCAAAACCACAGUCCUCAGAAUCCUGUCGUGGCCAUGCCUCCUCAGCAGCACUCACCGAUGCUCCCCACAGGAACACCUGUCACGCUUUUUCAGCAGGUACCGCCAGGUCACAUACUGACCGCGAGGGUGCAGGGUGUGUGCCCGCCAAUCACCCAGCACCACCAGGGAGCUCUGCCCAUGGUGGAGAGUCAUUGUGGUGUCACUGUAUCUGCACCCUCUUCUACGCAAGUUGGAGCCAGUACAGCGUCGGCCAUCCCCAAUUCCCAAGGUUCUCGUGGGGUUUAUCAGAAUAUUGCCCCCAAGCCAGAGCCAAACCAGUCAGGUGGACCAGCAGCUGCGCUAAACCAGCAACCUCAGCAGAGUGUAGUCAUUGUUAGUCCCAACCCUCAGCAGAACCCAGUCUACACCCCUGCCAUACAUCAGAUAGUUCUCACCAACCCGUCUGUCAUUCCCAGUGCCCAGACGAUUCAGCUCGCAGGACAGCCUGGAGCUGUGUCAAGUCCCUGCCCCACAGCCAACACCCCCAUCCAGCCCAAUCAGACUGUCAGUCAAGCAUUGUCCGUUAAACGACAUCAGCAGCAGCAACAGCAGCAACAACCACUCCAAAUUAUCACGCAGUCACCUCCUCCUCAGCCUACCUCCACAGAGUCCAGCUUGAUCAAACAAUUAUUGCUUCCAAAGCGCGGGCCUUCAACGCCGGGAGGCAAGCUCAUACUGCCUGCUCCACAGGUGCCCCCGCCCAACAGUACUAUCGCGCCCAGUCCUCAGGUCAUCUAUCAGACUGGCUACAGCACCCAAGGUGCUUCUCCUCAGACACAGCAGCUUAACGUUCAGCUGGUUCCAGGUCAGCUUCCAGCUGCUCCCAGCCCAGGCCUCCAAGCAGUUCAGCUCUUACCUGGACCUCUUAUUUCCACAAGCAGUCCAGGGGCAGCUACCAUCAUCCAGGCACCUGCAGCUGCUGGUCAAGUCACAUUUACUGUCGUCCCCAACACUGGCUUCACCACGACCACCGCUGCUGUCGUCAGUCAGGGUGCGGUAGCCCCUGGUGCUGGUGUUCCCCCACCUUCAUUCUCCACUGGAUCCACGCCGCAGCAUAACCCUGCAUCUUCUCCGCCACCACCACCACCGCAGACGCCUCCUCUCAGAGGGGACAAGAUCAUCUGUCAAAAAGAAGAAGAGGCAAAGGACGCGACAGGACUACACAUCCACGAGAGGAAGAUUGAGGUGAUGGAAAAUUCCUCUUUAGCGGACGAAGACACGUCGAACGGUAAAACGAGUAAUGGAGAUGUCGUGCCAGGUGCCAAGCUGCUGAACGGUAGAAAGUGUGUGGAGUCUGAUCUACCUCCUUACCACUCAGGGAACAGCCAGGGGGCGCUGAAUGGCCCCGCUAGGGACAGUCCUCCUAAUGGAAAGCAGGCCUUGUCCCCUGGCACCGAGACCCCUCAGGAGGGAAUCCCUGACUCUAAAAAGACUCUUGUUAAUGGGGUUUGUGACUUUGAUCGGUGUGACAGUGGUGGCAACUUGAACAAAAACAUUCCAAAUCACAUUGCUUCCAAACAGUACUUGGGGAAUGGAGAGGUGGAUCCAUCUGAGAGAAGUCACAGCUCAAACCCUACUCUUCCUCCGUCGCCCCAGCAGGACACUGCCAAAGCCCAGCAGGCUGAGCGCUUGCCCAAUGGACCCCAGACAGCUGGCAACAAGCCCCUCUCGGAAUUAUCCAAUGGACCUUUGGGGCCAGGCCACUCUGUACCAGUUCAAAGACUUCCUAAUUACUCCCACCCCUCCCCACAUACUGUUACCUCCCAGAGUGUCACCUCUUCGCCCACGAAUGGUGUGGCCUCAGACUCACGAAGCCUGAAGAGGCCAGCAGAGAGCGAAGAUCGUGUCACGGCACCGUCUGGGAUCCCCAACAAAGUGGGAGUGCGGAUUAUUACCAUCAGUGACCCCAACAACGCCGGCAGCAGUUCCACCAUGGUGGCAGUGCCGGCAGGGACAGACCCAAGCACAGUAGCCAAAGUAGCAAUAGAGAACGCCACGCAGCAGCAGAGGAACUGCUCGCCAACAGUCCCCUCUCCACCCCCUGUGAACCAGCCUGCCCCUGCUGGUAACCUCAGCCCACAACUCCCCUCACAGCAGAACCCUGCUGGAGCACCCGAACCGGUCAGGAAACCCGGGCAGAACUUCAAGUGUCUGUGGAAGUCCUGUAAACGGUGGUUUGAAACACCAGCUCAGGUGUUUUACCAUGCGGCGACGCAACACGGUGACAAAGAUGUCUAUGGGGGCCACUGUCAGUGGGAGGGCUGUGACCCAUUUCCUCGACAAAGACUUUCCUUCAUUACACAUCUACAGGAUAAACACUGUUCUCGUGAAGCUUUGCUGGCUGCUCUCAAACAAGAGGAGCAGCAGGCUCAGAGUCCCAAUCAGUCUAGCUCCCAGUCUCCGCCAGCAGCAGGCAGCACGCCUGCACAGCGAGCUCCGAAAGCAAUUGUCAAUCAUCCGAGUGCAGCUCUUAUGGCCCUUCGAAGAGGCUCUCGAAACCUGGUCUUCAGAGACUUUACGGAUGAGAAAGAGGGACCAGUGACCAAACACAUAAGACUUACGGCUGCCUUAACGCUAAAGAACAUCGCCAAGCACUCCGACUGUGGUCGCAUGUUGGUAAAGAGGCAUGAGACACACCUCUCUGUCCUGGCACUGAGCAACAUGGAGGUUUCCACGACGCUAGCCAAAUGCCUUUAUGAACUGACACGCUCGCUCCAGGCUUGAAGCCAAAAGGAUGACCGUCACGACCCCUCGGCCCGCCGCACGUCUUCUGAGACGAGAGGUUGGAACGCCACCACAGAGCUGUAGCGGCUCUGCGGGAAAACAGCGGGCCCGCCCUGCUGCCCUCCAGGCCACCACUCAUCCACAGCUCCCUCCCUCACAAACCUGUGUUUCUCCCACCACGCACCUAAGAACUGCCACCAGGGGUCUUCCACCAGCUGCCCGCAAUGGAAGGGGGGCUAUUUCACACUGCUUCCCCAAGGGACUCCACAGAUGAAACCCCAAACACGAGCACAUUUUGUGAACUUUUUUUUUGUCUUGUUUUUCGUUGCGUAUCGUGUGCUUUUGAGUGAGUGGUGACUGACUGAAAGCUGUAGAUGGGUUGGUGGGUGAGAGUGCAGGGGGACGAGCAGAGGAUAGCUCAGCUGGCAACUGGCGAAAACCUUUUUUUUUUUUUUUCCCCUUUCAGAAACUUGGUAGCUUGGUUUUCUUACUUGAGUCAAUAUAUUUUCACUUAUUUAUUAUUGAAAUACCAUUACAUGAAAUGAAAAAGAAUCUUGUAAAUAUGUUGUGAAUAUAUAUAAAAUAAGAAUCUCUUUCAUGCUGAUGCAGCCACUGGAGAACUUGCUCUGUGGAGUAAAAGAAGCAUUAAUUUGGUAGAAUAUGAACUAGUAUGUUGUUUUUUUUGUUUUGUUUUUGGCUUUUUUAUGAUUCCUGGUCACUUGUAUCUAAUGUGAUUCUAUACUCAGCAGUGGAUGAAUGUACUUAAAAACCUGUAAAUAAUUCUGCAAAGGUACUGAUGCUGUAAAGCUUAGGGAGGCGAAAACAGUUUUUUGUGGAACUGUGACAUUUUUGUAUAAUAAUACCUUGUAGAACUCAUUUUGCUGGCUGAAAGAGUAUGGAAUAAUAUAUCAUGUCAUUUUGUAGAAGAAAAAAAAUAUUGAAGGUAUUCUCUUCCCAACACACUUUCCCUGUCAACACACACACACACAAAAGAAGCAUAUAUCCACUGUAAGCGUUUGUCAUGUACGGGCACAGUGCUUGUACCAAAAUUUUUUUGUAUUUGUAAAUUGGUUUAAAUACAUUGGAGUUUUUAUACAGGUUUUCUCCUGUGUUCUUUUUGCUUUAUGUGCAGGUAUAAUAUUUUCUUCACUACGUUUUUUCUAUCUUAAUAUAGUGUGGAGUUUUAUUGUACUAUUUUUUCAUUCUUAAUACCAUGCCACAUUCCGGCUCACGUCCUCAAGACUGUCCUCUCUCCGUGUGUUGUGUAACAUUUAUGACUGCCUGUCGUAUUAGCAUCUGACCGGGGCGAACCCAAACAUCCUCAGUUCUGCGGUGUCAGUAGGAUGUGUGACUAUACAUAGACCUAACAGUCUGUUAGAGAUUGGCUUUAUUUACUUUGGUGACUGUUUAUAGUUUUUAAAUAAAAACACUGAACAUUUUG